UACGGACUUAAGCAGGCACCACGGAUUUGGUACCAUUGCGUCCACCGUGUCCUGGUAGCUCACGGCUUUACCAUGGCCCAGUCCGACAACUGUGUUUUCUUUAAGCCUAACUGUGUCGUCUGCGUGUACGUUGACGACUUUCUGGUCGCAGCCGCGGACGACACCGAGAUCCAGCAGCUUCAAAGGGCCUUGGAAUCGGAGUUCAAACUGAACGAUCUGGGAAAGCCGCGUUCAUUCCUAGGAAUUCAGUUUGACUUCCACGCGGACGGAUCGAUUUCGAUUCACCAACAUCAAUACAUCCAAAAGGUCCUCUCCGACUUUUGCAUGGAGACCUGUCAACCGAAGUCUACACCGAUGGCUCCGAAAGUUCUCCUGAAUAACGUUCCCGACGGGAGCGACCUGGAUGAAGAUACGAAGGCUCGGUUCGGGACCGCAAUCGGAUCACUGAUGUAUCUUAUGGUCGGUACGCGCCCUGACAUCGCGUUUGCGCUUGGGACGUUGAGUCGUUUCACAUCCCGACCGCAGUCGCAUCAUCAAGCCGCACUGCAGAGACUGCUCCGCUAUGUCAAGGCCACGCAAUUCUAUCGCAUCACAUACCGCAGCGGGCAGUUGAUCGGAUAUACCGAUGCCGACUUUGGUGGCUCGGUCGUCACGGAUGGUGCAUACUCCACGUCCGGUUAUGUGUUCAAGCUUGCGGGAGGGCCAGUUUCCUGGUCGUCCAAAAGACAGGGGGAAGUGGCGACGUCCACGACUCACGCGGAGUACAUUGGCCAAUACAAUGCCAUCCUUCACUUACAAUGGCUCCGCACGUUCCUGGCGGAAACCUGCCUCUUUCGAUCGCCCGUGACCAACAUCAUGGCUGACAAUCAAUCUGCCAUUGCUCUUUCCCGCAACCCCGAGUUUCACAAACGGACGAAGCAUUUCAACGUGAAAUUCCAUUACCAGCGUGCUGUUCUGAAUUCCGGCGAAAUCAAUCUCGAAUACAUUCCAAGCGAGGAACAGGCGGCUGAUGGACUCACCAAGCCCCUAGGACCCUCUCCAUUCAUUACGUUUUGCAAGCUCCUAGGAAUUGGUACUGAAGAACACAUGAAGGAAAAUGUGUAACCGCGAUGGGGCUCUUUCCACUAUUUCUCCUCUUCGAGGUUUUGAGUGGUUUUACCGAGGCCUGACCGACGUGCAUAUGUUCAGUAUCGCCUCGCCAGCAAGGCGAUCCUGAGGGGGAAUGUUGUGAUUUGAGGCUGUUGCUGCUCAGGAAUGAAGCCGCAACAUCGGAAAUAAUUCCUGCACUAUCUAUACGAAGUUCCAAGUUGAUUGGAAAUCAACUUGGACUUCAUGCUGUAUAUAUGGCCUCUUUGUAUCCCUCUGAAAUAAGAAGAAUUAAGCUUCCUUUUG